GCGAAGAAUUCGUCAAGUUAAUUUCUUAUUUGAAAAUGUUCACUCCUUCUUGACAGUUAGUGCCUUAACUCACAAAAUCCCGGUCCGAAAAAUUUCAAUUUAGAUCAUCUUAGGACAUUACUCGAGUAGAUAAGUAGUAUUCACGAAUUUAUUCUCAAGGGCAACAUCAACGGGGCAUGAGAUUAUCUUCAGGCUUCAUUUCCCUAUUAACAUGGACGCCUUCAUAACGCAUAACAAAUUCAUAUUGCUAUUUGCCCAACGACCGAUCGUCAACAUUGAUUUUUUGCUCGUUUCCAGAGGACGAUAUAAAACUCAACUCAACCCUCUUCUACUGGCCGCAAAACGUGAUUGACGUGCUAGACGUCGCCAACAGUCGCCUGAACGGCCUACGGGAAAACUCUGAGGAGACUUUGAGGGCACGAGUAGCCGCUCUGGAGAAAGCUAUCAACUCAUCUAGUGGAAGCAUCGAACAAAUGCAGAAACGCGAAGUGCUUUCUAAUGACGAGAUUAAUCGGGCCAAUGGCAUGCUGGACGCCUUUGACGCCAUGUUGCAGGGUUUCACGGACGAGGCUGAUGCCAUCAUAAGGUGCGCUGUCGUCUUACCGAAAAUUCGACCCUUUAAUGUGUGGCAGUGGUAGUUUUGUUGGUGGGACGUCGGUGAUGGUGGUGGUGGUGGUGGCGCCGGCGGCGGCGGCGGCGGUAGUUGUGAUGGAACGCUAAUAUUCUGUAGACUGUUUCAGUGUAGUUUAACAUAAUCUUAAGAUAUGAUUUAAUUGUUUAAUGCAGGAACAUCUUAUCUUCGGUCUCGAAGCGUCAAUUCCACAAAGUAUAUAUAUAUAUAUAUAAUGUUAGGGGGCGCUCACCGAUCGUUCAUACGGAACUCACUCGUUCCGUUGCGCCUUAUGGACUCUCUCUCGAGCCCAACCAGCAGCCGCACAGCGGCGCAUGAUAUAUAGGCAGAAUGGUAUUACCGACAAAGACAAGGGAGACUGGAAUGGCCAUUUCUGGCUUAUUAGCCGUCGUCAGCCAGCCAUACCCAAGCCCGAAGUGUUCCACACUUGUCUCCCUUGUCUUUGUCGGUAAUACCAUUCUGACUAUAUAUAUAUAUAUAUAUAUCAGGUGAAUAAUUUCAGAAAUUAAUCAGUGCAGGACUUGGAGUUCAUAUAGCAGAAACCGCUAGAGAACGCUGGGGGUCCCACUGAAGAGCCGAACCCCUCGCAGCUGUGUCACGCAUCGGCAGAAUAUCGGCGAAACACGUGUCUGGGCUUUUAGCAAGUAUCUAUGUCGGGAGUACGGUAUAAUACAUUUACCAUAAUAUAUAUAUAUAUAUAUUUGAUGGAUAUAGGCGAAAAUGCCGACCCCAGGUGUUGAGAUGGAAGAAGGUAAAGAGAUCUCUGGAGAGGAUGAUUUAUUAAUCUGACGUUUCACACUCAUACUUGAGCGCAUCAUCGGAGAUAGAUUAAAAGUGGGAAUACAAGGUUUAAAUAGGUCUUUCUUACUCAGUACUGAUAGGUCCAUUGUUCUCUCUUCCCAUUGGCCCUCUCUUCCUGCUCAAGUGGUGUCUGAGGGCCUCAUAUGGCGCCGGUAGGUCGAUCCUACGGUUGAUCGAGUUGGCGUUGGAUUGCCAGCCUUCGAUUAUCUCUCCCGCCAUUUUGCUUUCAGCUCGACCGAUUACUUCUGCCUUGUCGAAGCCGAAUUGAUGGUCAUUUUCGAGGCUAUGCAUGGCAACAUGUGA